UUGAAUGAACUUGCUUUCUUGCUUUUACCGUCUCGGUCUUGUUUCAUUGAAUUGAAUCAAUGUCUUACACUUCAUCAUCCUCAAAAUCUAAGCUCCGAUGGAUAUACGAUGUGUUCAUCAGUUUCCGCGGGGAAGACACUCGUAAGAAUUUCGUUUCUCAUCUCUAUUCCGCUCUUGCAAAUGCCGGGGUCAACACUUUUCUGGACGAUGAGAAGCUAGCCAAGGGACAACAGCUGAAAACAGAACUGUUUCAUGCAAUAGAAGGCUCUCAAAUUUCCAUUGUUGUUUUAUCCGAAAACUACAUUUACUCUACAUGGUGUCUCGACGAACUAGUCAAAAUCAUGGAAUGCCAUGCUUUUAGAGGUCAAGUGGUUUUACCCGUGUUUUACGGCGUUUUCCCUAGGUUUCUACGUAACCUCAACGAUGUUUCUUUCGAAGUUGGUGACCUCCACCGGGUGAAACAAUGGAAGAAAGCGCUGGGCGAAGUAGCAGGUUUUGCAGGGUGGGAUGUUUCAAAUUACAGAAAUGAAAACUUUGUUGUGAAGGAAAUUGUUAGUGAAGUUUUGGAAAGACUAGAUAGAACAUACAUGUCUAUUACAGACUUUCCAGUUGGAUUGGAAUGUCGUGUGGAACAUUGUAUUGGCCUUCUAAGAAAGGAAACAAGAGGAGCUUAUAUAUUAGGGAUUUGGGGAAUGGGAGGGAUUGGUAAAACAACCAUAGCCAAAGCCAUCUACAAUGAAAUUCGAUAUGAAUUUAAACAUAAAAGUUUCCUAGCAAAUAUNAGAGAAGUUUGGCAAAGAGAUCAAGGGCAGAUUGAUUUACAAGAACGACUUCUUUCAGAUAUCCUGAAAACAGAAAAGGUGAAGGUUUAUAGCAGUGAUUGGGGAAAAGCAAUGAUCAAGGAAACGCUUUGCACCAAAAGAGUACUUGUUGUACUCGAUGAUGUAAAUACAUUAGAACAAUUAAGUGCACUAUGUGGAAAUGGUAAUGGGAUUGUUCAAGGAAGUGUAAUAAUCAUUACAACAAGAGAUGUACGUCUACUCAAUGUUCUUGAAGUUGACCAUGUAUAUGAAGUGGAGGAAAUGAAUGAGAUUGAGUCCCUUGAGCUUUUCAGUUGGCAUGCUUUUGAGGAAGCAAAUCCACCAGAAGAUUUCCUUGAACUCUCAAAACAAGUAGUCACUUACUGUGGAGCACUACCUCUAGCUCUUGAAGUUCUUGGAUCUUAUCUAUAUAAGAGAAAAGAAAAAGAGUGGCAAAGUGUAUUAUCAAAACUAAAAGAAAUACCAAAUGAUAAAAUACAAGAGAAGUUGAAAAUAAGCUAUGAUGGUUUAAGCGAUCAUACGGAGAAGGACAUAUUCCUUGACAUAUGUUGCGGAACAGGAGUCAUUGAGGGAUUGGCUUUGAAGAUGCAAAGAACCAGUGGAGUUUGUUUUGGUACUGAAACAUUUGGGAAUAUGAAGAGACUGAGACUUUUGAAACUUGAUAAUGUACAAGUAGCUGGAGAUUAUGGGCAUCUUCCCAAACAACUGAGAUGGGUUGAUUGGAAAGCAUUUUCAUUAACCCACAUACCUGAAAACUUUUAUCAGGAAAAUAUAGUUGCUAUUGACUUAAAAUACAGUUAUCUUAAACUAGUAUGGAAGGUGCCUCAGUUUCUGGAGAGGCUAAAAUUUCUCAAUCUUAGUCAUUCCAAGUACUUAUCAAAGACCCCAGAUUUUUCAAAACUACCAAAUCUUGAGAAGCUCAUUCUCAAAGAUUGUCCNAGCUUGUAUGAAGUACACCAUUCAAUUGGAGAUCUAANUAACCUCCUUCUUCUAAACNUGAAGNAUUGUACAUGCCUAGGCAAUCUUCCUAUGGUAAUCUAUAAGUUNAAGUCAUUACAAACNCUCAUCCUUUCUGGUUGUUCAAAUAUUGACAAGUUAGAAGAAGACAUAGGGCAGAUGGAAUCCUUAACAACUCUAAUUGCAGACAAUACUAGUCUAAAACAAGUGCCUUUUGCCAUAGUAAGAUCCAAACAGAUUGGAUAUAUAUCCCUUUGUGGAUAUGAAGGAUUGGCACGAGAUGUAUUUCCUUCUCUCAUAUGGACUUUGAUGUCACAUACAAGAGGAACUUUAUCCUGUUUUCAACCAUUUGGGAUCAUGCCAACAUCUAUAGUCUCCAUGAAUAUACAGGAUAAUAAUUUGGUUAACCUAUUAUCAAAAGUAGGUGAAUUUUCAAAACUUCGAAGUAUUUCUGUACAAUGCGACUCAGAUUUUCAACUAACUCAAGAACUAAGAACAAUUCUCCAUAAGUUAUGCAAUAUAAACUCUUCUGAACCGGAAAGUGCAUAUCAAUCACAAAUUCCAGAAAAUUCUAUGGCAUCGUAUUUGAUUGGAAUGGGAAGCUACCAGCAAGUCUUCGAUAUGCUUAGCAAUAGCAUAUCAAAGGUAUUGAGAACCAACAGUGGUACUGAUUUUGUGCUUCCAGGGGACAAUUAUCCUUAUUGGUUAGCCUAUACAGGGGAAGGUUAUUCAGUACCAUUUCAAGUUCCUGAAGAUAGUGAUUGUCGCAUGAAGGGAAUGCUGUUGUGUGUUGUUUAUUCAUCAACCCCUGAUAACAUGGCAACUCAAAAUCUUACUAAUGUCUUCAUCUUUAAUUACACAAAGUGCACCAUUCAGAUAUAUAAGCAAGCAACAACAAUGUUCUUUAGCGAUGAAGACUGGCAGGGUGUAAUAUCAAAUCUAGGACCCGGAGACAACGUGGAGAUUUUUGUAGGUGUUGGUGAUGGAAUCACUGCUAAGAAAACAGCCGUGUAUCUGAUAUAUGGUCAGUCAAUUACAAUGAGAAUGGAGUCACUUGGACUGAGUGCACAAGAAUCACCUGAGCUGAGUGUGAUUCUGUCACCUAAAAUGAGUGCACAACCAACCACUGAUGUAGAAAUGAAGGCGAAGAAACCGAAGAAAAAUAUAUUUGCAAAAAUUAGAAACAUUGUUAGAGUAUGUUCAUGUUUGGAGUAGAAUACGGCACUCCAUUGUUAUCAUUUAGA